CCCUAGACUGUGCCCUUUCCUACUCCGUCCUGACCCACCUCCAUGCUUUCCCUUGUUACCCCAUAACCUCCCAGGGAUCCAACUCUUUGGUAUAAGCUCAACUCUUCCAUCCUUUUUCCUGCUUUCCAUGAAGAACUGAUUAGCCCCCAGCAGGGAGACAAGAAGAUGGACGUUUUGCAUGCUUUCAUCUGUAUGUCCGUCUUCUGGACUGUGUCUUGGGGCAGAACUCGGGCAGACUCCAUCAUCCACAUCGGGGCAAUAUUUGACGAAUCUGCCAAAAGAGAUGAUGAAGUAUUUCACAUGGCUGUCGCCGACCUCAAUCUGAAUGAAGAUAUCCUGCAAACAGAAAAAAUCACAUUUUCAGUUACAUUUGUGGAUGGGAACAAUCCUUUUCAGGCUGUGCAAGAAGCUUGUGAUCUGAUGAACCAAGGAAUACUGGCCCUUGUCAGCUCCAUUGGAUGUGCCUCAGCGGGAUCCUUGCAAUCACUGGCAGAUGCUAUGCACAUUCCUCAUCUUUUUAUUCAGAGAUCCACAGCAAGAACACCGAGAAGUGGCUGUGGGUUGCAAAGGAGCAGUGGAAUUGAUGAUUACACGUUAUCUGUCCGCCCAGAGGUCUACUUGAAUGAUGUUAUAUUAAGAGUCGUCACUGAAUAUGCCUGGCAAAAAUUCAUUGUCUUUUAUGACAAUAACUAUGAUAUCCGUGGAAUACAAGAGUUUUUGGAUAGAGUCUCUCAGCAGGGAAUGGAUGUUGCUUUGCAGAAGGUAGAAAACAACAUUAAUAAGAUGAUCACAGGACUCUUUGCUACUAUGAGAAUAGAAGAACUAAAUCGCUACAGGGACACACUAAGAAGGGCCAUUCUAGUUAUGAGCCCAACGACUGCCAAAGCAUUCAUUACUGAGGUUGUGGAGACUAAUUUAGUUGCCUUUGACUGUCACUGGAUCAUUAUAAAUGAGGAAAUAAAUGAUUUGGAUGUGCAGGAAUUGGUUCGAAGGUCAAUUGGGAGGCUAACAAUUAUUCGUCAGACCUUUCCAGUUCCACAAAAUUCAAGCCAACGUUGUUUCCGUGGCAACCACAGAAUAUCCUCAUCGCUCUGUGACCCAAAGGACCCAUUUUCGCAGAAUAUGGAGAUCACCAACAUGUACAUAUAUGAUACAGUGCUCUUAUUAGCAAAUGCUUUUCAUAAGAAACUUGAAGAUCGAAAGUGGCACAGCAUGGCAAGUCUAACGUGCAUCAGGAAGAAUUCGAAGCCGUGGCAAGGAGGUCGAUCUAUGUUAGACACUGUCAAAAAGGGAGGUAUAACCGGUCUGACUGGUGUAUUAGACUUUGAUGAAGAUGGUGAAAAUCCAAAUAUACAUUUUGAAAUUUUGGGAACAAAUUAUGGAGAAGAGCUUGGAAGAGGUAUCCGCAAGCUUGGAUCAUGGAACCCAGUGACUGGUCUAAAUGGAUCUUUGACAGACAGAAAGCUGGAAAACAAUAUGAGAGGUGUUGUACUUCGUGUGGCAACUGUGCUGGAAGAACCAUUUGUCAUGGUCUCAGAAAAUGUUUUGGGAAAACCAAAGAAAUAUCAAGGAUUUUCCAUUGAUGUCCUUGAUGCCUUAUCUAGUUAUUUGGGCUUCAAAUAUGAAAUAUAUGUUGCUCCAGAUCAUAAAUAUGGAAGCCCCCAGGCAGAUGGCUCUUGGAACGGGUUAAUUGGAGAACUUCUGCUCAAGCGAGCGGAUAUGGGAAUUUCUGCUCUGACAAUUACACCAGACCGAGAGAAUGUAGUUGACUUUACAACACGUUAUAUGGAUUAUUCAGUUGGUGUACUACUGAGAAAAGCGGAGAAAACAGUGGAUAUGUUUGCUUGUCUUGCACCAUUUGACCUAUCCCUGUGGGCCUGUAUUGCCGGAACAGUUCUUUUGGUGGGGCUACUUGUCUACUUAUUGAAUUGGCUUAAUCCUCCACGUCUGCAGAUGGGAUCUAUGACUUCAACAACCCUGUACAAUUCCAUGUGGUUUGUGUAUGGAUCAUUUGUACAGCAAGGAGGAGAGGUGCCUUACACUACACUAGCAACACGAAUGAUGAUGGGAGCUUGGUGGUUGUUUGCCUUAAUUGUCAUCUCUUCCUACACUGCAAAUCUAGCGGCCUUUUUGACAAUAUCUCGGAUUGAAAGUUCCAUUCAAUCACUUCAGGAUCUUUCCAGGCAAACUGAUAUUCCUUAUGGCACAGUGUUUGACUCUGCAGUUUAUGAACAUGUUCGGGUGAAGGGAAUGAAUCCGUUUGAAAGAGACAGUAUGUAUUCACAGAUGUGGCGGAUGAUAAACAGGAGUAACGGAUCUGAGAAUAAUGUUCAAGAGUCCCUAGAAGGCAUUCAAAAGGUAAAACAUGGAAAUUACGCCUUUGUUUGGGAUGCCACAGUACUGGAAUAUGUUGCAAUAAAUGACCCGGACUGUUCGUUUUACACAGUAGGCAACACGAUUGCAGACAGAGGAUAUGGAAUUGCCCUUCAGCACGGCAGCCCUUACAGAGAUAUAUUUUCACAAAGGAUCCUUGAACUCCAGCAAAAUGGAGACAUGGAUUUAUUAAAACAUAAAUGGUGGCCAAGGAAUGGACAAUGUGAUCUUCAUUCUUCAAUGGACACUAAACAUAAGGGAAGUGCCCUGGAUAUUAAAAGUUUUGCUGGGGUGUUUUGCAUCCUAGCAGCAGGCAUUGUACUAUCCUGCUUCAUAGCAAUGGUGGAGACAUGGUGGAACAAGAAAAAAGGCUCCCGUGUGCCAUCAAAAGAGGAUGACAAAGAAAUUGACCUGGAACAUCUCCACCGACGUGUAAACAGCCUGUGUACAGAUGAUGAAAGUCCACAUAAACAAUUCUCCACCUCAUCAAUUGACCUAACACCACUAGACAUUGAUUCUUUGCCAAAUCGUCAAACUCUGGAACAAAUAAGUGACUUCAGGAAUACUCAUAUAACAACUACAACUUUUAUACCAGAGCAGAUUCAGACUCUUAGCCGUAACUUAUCUUCUAAAGCUGCUUCUGGUUUUUCCUUUGGCAACGUGCCUGAACACAGAACUGGCCCUUUUAGGCACAGGGCACCCAAUGGUGGAUUUUUUAGAAGUCCCAUUAAAACUAUGUCAACCAUCCCCUAUCAAGCAACUCCUUCUCUAGGGCUUAAUCUUGGUAAUGACCCUGACCGAGGCACCUCAAUAUGAAAUUAUAACAGAGUCUCUUCACUGUUUCUUUUAGGACUCCCCUUGCAAGGAGCUUCUGUAAAAAUAUGGGACUAACAUGGAUGUAUUUUUUUAUAUCCAGAUUAACUAUUUUCAAGUUUUGCUUUAUCUUCCUUGAUUCUGUCUGUAAAUGUAUUUUAAAGUUUCUCCGUUCACCUCAACAUUUCAUUCAUUGAUGCUUUUUUUAUUAGCUUCUCGGUUUCUUUAAUGUACUUUCUCCCUUACAUUUCGCUAAAGCUUUCGCACUAACAUCAGUACUCUGCAUUAUAUUCUGUUGCCUCUACUAUGAAAUACUGUUGUUGGGUCCUUUACCCGUGGUCCAAUGGAGAAACCAUGCAGUAAGAAAUAAUAAUAAUUCAGGCCACAAAAAAUGUAAGAAUGCAAUUUUGUAGACAUACAAAAAGCCAUUACUAUGUCAGUAAAAACAACUCUAAAAGAGCAGUAUACAUCUAUAUGUACCUUUGCUUAACAUGAGCCUAAAAUAUAGGACUUGCACGGAAAAUGCAUUCAUCCAAUUAUUGUAAUUAUUUUUUUGAAAUUGUUUACUAUUCUAAAACACUGUUUUGUUUACCUUGGACUUACCCCUCUCCCACUCUAAACAGGGUAAUAUUUUAGAUUGAGAUAAUGAGCUCUGCAUAAACAAACUCCUUUCCCUAAGCUGCAGCCUUUGAUAGGCUUUGAGAUAAAGGGGUUAUUUAUUAAAGUCUGAAUUCCAAAAACUCAAAAAAAUGCAUGUUUUUACUACAAAAUCCAUUUUUGUGGAAAAAAAACCCCCCGAGGAUGGAAAUCUGAAAAUCCGGGAUCUCAGACCUACCGAAAUUAUAUAUACUGUAAGUUAAUGGGAGAAGUACCUAUCCUAUUUGGAAAUUUCUGUGGUCUGCGCUGGAAUUUGAAAGAAAAAUCAACUAUUUCCGGAAAAAGCCUGAAAAAAUCUAGAUUCGGGUAAAAACUCAGAAAAAAAUCAUACGAUUUGGUCAAUUUUUUUUACUGUUUGUCCAUAAUCCGAUUUAAUCAAUCUUUUUUAAUAAUAAAUAAAGUCCAAUCGUGGAUUCUAGUUUGGUCUGACUUUUAUUAUUAAAAUACCCAGAAAAAUUUGGAUUUUGAUAAAUAAGGCCCAAAACUAGUUCAUUAUACAGCUAGGAACAAAACUAGGAAGUUGCAAAGUGCAAGAAAUAGCAAAAGGCAUAGAUAUAUUUCAAUAUAAAAAUGUUUUGCAGAAGCCCUAUUGACUGGGCUCAUGCUGUAAAAAGUAUACUGCCCCUUUUAGUCUGUUUGCACUGUACCAGUGCAUAUGAUUUUAUGUAAUUGUAUAGAAUAAAAUGUUUUUUUGUAGGUUCCGUAUAUUUCAUGGGAGAAAGCUUCCAUUAUGCUACAUACAGUAUGAUGUGUCCUUUCCAUAUGUAUGUAAGAGUUGCCAACAAGCACCUUUAAUAAUGGGCAUUAGAAAUUGCCCAUGUCUAAUACUGAUUAAGCAAGAACACAUAGUACUUUAAAGUUGCUUUAGUAAAGGUGGCUGUUUGUAACAAUAUUAUGUAUGUAUGUAGAUAUAUAUAUAUAUACGUGUGCGUGUUCCACGGCUUGAAAUCUAUUUUCAUUAACAUUUGCAUACUGAGAAUCUAGUUUUCCUAAAAUGAGAAGUGAUUGUUUUAUAUUUGGAUACGCAUAGUAUUAAUGCCAAAUUUCUACAUACAAGCAGGUGAUCACAUCUAUCCGUGUGAGCAUGAGCGAGUGUGUGUGUAUAAGAACCAUCACACCAUUGCCACCUAUACAGUAGAGUGCUAGUAAUACUAUAUAUAUAAAUAUAUUAAAUACAAAUGAAAUGUAUAGUUUAGGUUAUUACAUCAUUUGAAAUGAGACAUUGCUUUUAUUGACUUUUUUUUUAUAUCAUACUAAAAUGUUAGAUUUGCACACAUUCCAUAAAUUGUACAAAUAUUGAAAUUAUUUAUCACGUACCAGCUAUUUUAAUGACUUUUUUUUUCCUUACAUCCAUGGCUAUUGAUCACCCCUAGGGUAUUUAAAACUAUAUAGACCUGUUUGCGGCUACAUUUUGUAGUUUGACUUCAUUUGCUACAACAUUAUACAGUAUAUAUAUAAAACAAAACAGAAAGGUAAUAGAGAAUAUUUGAUAUAUCUUUUGCACAAGUUUAUAUUAUACAGCUCUUUGGUGGAAGCAUCCAUUAUUUACAAAAAUAAUAGGGCUAGGGUCAGAAUAACACGCCAGAGUAUCAGAGGAAGUCUUAAUGGGCCAGUGAAAAAUUCCCUGUGAUCCUUUCUUAAUUCCACCAAAAGCCUAUGGUACCUCUAUACCAUUUGACACUGUCUCUAUCUAAUUGCUGUAAGAGUGGGGCCCUGGAUGUUAGUUUCUCUGAAGGGCCCCAAAAAGCUUGGGGACAUUACCCUUCAUGCAGUAGAAGCACUUACAUUCCAGAAAUGUAGAAUACAUACAAUCAUCUACAAAGGUAGGGCAGUGCUGAUUAAGGUGCACAGAAAAAUGGUUAAAUCUGGAUGCAGAAACAUUGGUCCUGUCUAAAUAUGAAUUCCAUACAUUACAGAACAUACUGUACACACUUUCAUUUGCAUCCUAGCACACUGAAAAUGGACAAUAAGGGGCUGCUAUACUAACAUUUGCACUGAUUUUUUUGGAUUUUUUUUUUUUCAUUUGUGAAUAUUUGCUUCGUUUAUGAAAAAUUGAAUACUGGACAAAAAUAAUUUUCUGUCGCAUUUUUGCAUGUAAAUCAUAUGUUUCAAUGUGAUUUAAUAAAGCUUUUUUAGAGUUUUC